AUGAACUUCAGAACACUUCUUACACUGGCAGCUUCCUCCGCCGUCGCUUCAGCAGACAGCGUCUACUUGGUCGCCAAGUCCAACAGCACCGAGGUCAACGGCAACGGUGUCGGCUUCGCACACGAGGGUGCUGGCAUCAACUAUGGUUUCCUUGGCACUGGCAAAGGUUCCACCCUAAGCUACAGCGCAGCCGACAAGCAACUCACGCUUGACACGGGUGUUGAGCAGUUCUUCAGGGUGUCUGGCGGCUUCGUGGCAGCCAGUGUUGAGGGUCCCGACGCGGCUAUCACCUUCGACAGCAACGACUACUUGUUGGUGAACGGCUCCUCCAGCUACUUCUACGCCUGCAAGAACACCAAUGACCCAUACAAGUAUUCCGCCAGCUCCUACGAGGUCAUGUACUACCCAGAAAACGCUCCUUCCGGCUGUCUCUCAUUGACUCUCCAGAAGAAGGAUGUCUCCGGGCCAUCCUCCUCCGGCGCCCCAACUACCACGCCGGGCUCCAACUCGACUAUCCCAGUCACCUCCUCCACCUUGAGCACUUCCAGUGUCACCGCUAGCCACUCCGCCGUCAACUCCACCUCCAUUUUCACAGACGCUGCUGCUGCCAUGGAUUACGCUCCUGCCGGCUCCUUCUUCGCCCUCGUCGGUCUUGCCGCCGCCUUGAUCUGA